ACAGUUUUCUCGCUUUCUUUCUGCUAAAACGGCUUGUUGCAAGCAAACGCGGCACACCAAUCAUGCCACAAGGAAAGCUGCUCUACAUUCGCGCCAGACGGAGUAAAACCGUUGUAUUUCUCUGCUACGAAUCAAACGAUUCCAUUGAAAAUCUUAAGCAGAAAUUGUGCGCAGCUCAGCCAGGCUGCGACAAAUCGCCAGAUCAAAUCCGCAUCUAUGCCCGACGUUCCGAUCAGUACACAAUUUUGAUCGAUUCCGAUUCAGUGUCAAGCGCAGGGCUGGAAAGCGAGUCCGAUAUCUACUUUGUGUAUCACAGUCAAGGAAAAUGGGAAGAAGUUCAUACUGAAGCAUAUGAGCCACUGGAUGAAGGAGCCGCCGGCGAAGAGGAGCAGGACGUGGACAUGCAUGCAGAGAUAUCACACACACGAAAAGAAAAAGGAAAGGGACGAGCAUAGUGUGAUGACGG